AUGGCCACCGAACUUAAGGAAAUCCAACUAGACCUUGGGCCCCUCAGGGAGCUUGGUCAUAGCCAGGACGAACUUCUGGAGGAAAUCGACGAUUUGCGAAGCUUUAGCAUCGGACUUAAACGCUUACCACAGAUUAUAGUUGUUGGAGAUAGGACUGCAGGCAAGAGCUCUGUGCUAGAGGCCAUCUACCGUCUACCGUUUCCAACAAGAAGUGUCGUAUGUACUCUAUUGGCCAUCGAAAUUCGUUUGCAGAAGUCGCCACAGCGGAAGAUCGAGAUCGUGGUUGUACAAGAAGAUCGCAGGACACGCAACAUUCAAUUCGAAGGAGAGGCUUUGACGAGCGACAAACUUGCCGAAAGGUUCCAAGAGGCUCUUAGUACGAUGUGCAAACCGAACACACUCUCCCAAGAAGUAUACUGCGUCAAAGUGUUCGGCCCCGAUUUUCCGAACCUUACUUUGGUCGAUCUACCCGGCUUAAACCUGACGGCAGCAACGCCCGGGUCGAAACAUUUUUCAGAAACGCUGGCCAGGCGCUAUUUGGAGCGAAAAGACGCUUUAAUAUUGGGGGUGAUAAGUGCAGCCCAGCCUCUAGCCGGGCAAAAGGUUCUUGAUAUAGCCAAGCAAUAUGAUAGCUUGCGAGAACGAACGAUCGGGAUUAUAACUAAACCGGACGCUCUCGAAAAGUAUGGUGAUGAUAUGGAAUACAUCCGCCUGGCGGGGAAUCGGAACCCAGAAUGUCGUUUGAGAUGGGGCUGGCAUGUCUUGAAGAAUAGGGAUAAGAAAGAUGGUGGCGAAGACGAUUUUGGCCGGAAAACAUGUGAUGACAGAGACGAGGCAGAGGAAAUCUUCCUCAACUCGGGGAUUUGGAAAAAUAUUCAGCCUGAAGCUAAAGGUGUUCAUGAGCUGCGACGAAAAAUAGCUACAGCUCUUAGGACGCAUGUGGCAAAGGAAAUGUGCGCCCUUGACGGUCAUACGGUGAAACGACUUGAAGCUGAGCGCGCAGGUUUACAGGGCUUGGGAAUAUGGUGCGAUGGCGAGAAUGAGUCUGACAAGCGCCGUUUUCUUCAGGAUUUGGCACUGAAUUUCCAUGCCCUCACCAGUGCGGCUACUCAAGGCACAUCCUAUAACAGAGAAAAGGUUGCUGACGGCUCUGUCGACACAGCACAACUACGCUGCGCUUUCCGUGAUUUGGAUGCAGCUUUCGCGAUUGUCAUUACCACAGCCACUGUCAUAGAGUCUACGCUGAAUCAGGAUGGCACAUAUGGACAUGAUGCACACUUGAACGCUAUGACACCGACAGUGGAAAGCUGGAUCAGGAAGUUUGGCGACGCCGGCUCUUCGGACGUGGUCAAUUCUCAAGCGCAAUUUGAAGAUCAAAUAUUUAAGUGGCAUGAUGUUGCUACCAGGUACAUUGCCCUGGCAAUUGAUGUUGCGGCCGGCUUCAUUUUAAAAAGUCUUCUGGCUGUCUCCUGGAGCAACCAACGUUUCGUGUCCGCCAUAAAGGAGGAAUUUGUUUCCAAGUUCAUUGAGAAUAAAGGCGUUGAACUUAGAAACCAACUCACCACGUUGGCUCAGUCUUAUAGAGGAAACUCUGAUGAGUACGAUCAGCGACGCCAUCGACAGAGGACGACAUGGAGCUGUUUUCACUGUGAACCCCAGGCACAAAGCCAGCUGACAUGGCACCAACCUCAAGUCAGCAACCAGCACUCUCCAACAAAUGAGCCGCCGGAGCAGUAUAAUUACAAUGUUGAAUCUACGGAGCUAGUGGCCUUUCACAAGGUCUUGGCGGAACAAUUUACAGAGACCGUUAUAGGUCUGCUUGUACACCAGUGUCUGAUUAGAGAAAUACCUAAUGUGUUGGGACCCCUAGCCGAUCCUGGACUAGAUUCGUCGGUUGUGAUGCGGUUGACGCAGAUACCGCAGGAUGUCAGCAAGAAGCGGAAACUACAUAUCGACUUCAUUCAGCGUUGGUAA